AUGAAAAUAUCUGGUCGAGUGGACGGCUCUGUCCGUGGAGCGGUCCUCAACCGCCCGUCGGCGGGCUUCAGAAAUGUGCAUACGCCAAGGAGGACUAUUUGCAGACCCAUCGACAUUGCGGCCGAGAGCACGAGAAUAAAACCAGCGUCUUGCAUGAAGAGUUCCCUAUGGAUCUUGUCUACCUUUAUGCCAGAGAGCCGUCGGCCGUCUGCUGUGCAGCCUCGGCUUGCCUGUCGCUGCUACAGCACCGCGCCGGAGACCCUGGCAGCUACAGCAAAGAGUUUACCCUUCUCGCGGCUGCUUUCAAAUGACCAAGAGAAACGACAUUUGAUGUCUUUUGUCGGAGAGAGAGGAGAAGGCAGUGUGCAGGAGCAUUUCGACUUCCACAGGGACCCUUAUCGCAGGGGAUAUGCGCAGCCAGACGGCCCGAAUCUACAAGUCUCCGACAAGAAGCACGAUGUGCAAUAUCCAUCCAGGGAGGAGACAUUUAAGAUAAGCGACGAAUUGCAAGCGCACAUAUCAAAGUUAUACGCUGCCAUCGGGCAACGACUGCGUCACCCGAACCGAAUUACGCUCGAAACAAUUUACAAACUAUACUCUCAGCUGCCAGAGCCUCGCAUGCUCUAUCUCACUUGGCAAUGGCGAAGCAGGCUUCUGAAAGUAAUGGGAACGCCCCCUAAACGGGACAUGGAGUCCAUGUUGCGGUAUUUCGCUCUGGUCGCAGAUGUCAAGAAUGCUGGUCUCACACUGCGACGUACGCAGUGGAACUUUGCCCUUGCUUUUGCAACCAAGUACGCAUCACGCCCCACAGCGCAAGAGAUGGAAUCGGCACUCCGAUUAUGGAGAGAAAUGGAAAGAGAGGCCAAUGUCAUGGGCAACGACGUGACGUUUAAUGUUCUCUUCGAUGUGGCUGCCAAGGCGGGCAACUUUACGCUUGCCGACAUGAUUUACAAAGAAAUGGAGAGCCGAGGAAUUGAGUUUAACCGUUUCCACCACGUCAGCCUCAUUCAUUACUUUGGACUACGCCUAGACUCGGGCGGCAUUCGAGCUGCCUACAAGGAAAUGGUUGACUCGGGAGAAAUGAUUGACACCAUUGUCUUGAAUUGCGUCAUAUCCGGGCUUUUGCGCUGUGGAGAGGAGUCAGCAGCCGAGGACACCUACGAACAAAUGAAGAAAUCGCACAAUUUGGCAUUAAGCAUGCCGCAGAGAGAUUACAUGAUGAACAAAGUUGUCACCAGAGUCUUGAUGAUGUUUUCAAAAGUUGGGAAAAAGCAUCCUCAGCUCAAGGAGUCUCUUCAGACCAAUAUCCAACUUGCGCCUGACCUGCACACGUACAAACUCCUGAUCCAACAUUACGCCAUCCGGGUCGGAAACCUGGCAAAAGUGGCGCAGUAUCUCGACGAGAUGAAGCACCUGAAUAUUUCCGUGCACCCUACCAUUUUCCUCGUCUUGUUUAAAGGAUUUUAUCUGCACGGUGGCUUUCUGAACUCAGAUUGGAGCGAGCAGCGAUUGAACGGUGUUUUAACGUCGCUGCACCAAGCUAAGAACAGCUACGGCAAAGCGUUUCGCAUUGAGCAGUGGCUUGUCAUUUGGGCUUUAAGAGCUACGAAAAAAUGCUCCUCAAAUGAAGCAGUCCUCGAAACUUUUGAUGCCUUGGCUCCGCGUUGGGAUAUUGAAGGCGAGCGGCAGCAAUUCCUUCAUGCCAUGAUGGAAAAUAUUUUGCAAGACAAGGAUAUGAAAUCAAUGCCGAGAUAG